AUGCUUCUCUUGGCGGCGGUGAUCGCGGUGCCGCUGCUCACGCUGCGCUCCACGGAGAGCUCCGCGCACUAUUACGAGAUGACAGGCACGUGCCGCAUGGUCUGUGACCCCUACAGCGGGAAACCAGGGGCCAAGUCUGGGGCCACCGCCAUGAAGCAGAGCCACGCGCUCCCGCAGCCACCUCUGACCGCGGGCACGCGCGGGGAACCGGGAAGACCGGGUAAAUCUGGAUCCAGAGGACCACCAGGAGAGGCAGGUCCGCCGGGGCCCCCAGGACCAAGAGGACCCCCGGGGGACAGGGGCCACAACAAACUGUCUGCACCGACUCUAACCACCGGGAGCACCGGGGCCACGGACACCACCGACACAGACAGGAACUCCUCCGCAAACCCUUUACGCAUCGCGUUUUACGUCGGUCUCAAGAACCCGCACGAGGGCUACGAGGUGCUGAAGUUUGACGACGUCAUCACCAAUUUAGGAAACCAGUACGACGCCAGCACCGGAAAGUUCACGUGCCAAGUGUCCGGGAUGUACUUCUUCACGUACCACGUGCUGAUGCGCGGCGGAGACGGGACCAGUAUGUGGGCCGACCUGUGCAAGAACGGACAGCCAGAGCUCGUGGAGGAGCAGAGAGUGCGCGUGGAGGAGCAGAGAGAGCGCGAGGAGGAGCAGAGAGAGCGCGAGGAGGAGCAGAGAGAGCGCGAGGAGGAGCAGAGAGAACGCGUGGAGGAGCAGAGAGAGCGCGUGGAGGAGCGGGGAGUGCGCGUGGAGGAGCAGAGAGUUCGCGUGCUGGAGGAGGUGUCUCGCGGACUCAGGUGCAGCACGUUCCCUCAGCCUCCAGAGCCCGGGAGAUGCACUACGUCAUCCGCUGGAGUCGCCCGAGGUGACCGCGGUGAUGCAGGUCCUUUCCGCUGCUGCCGCUGGCCGCGUGAGCCCGGUGGCAGGGACCGGAGCGGGAGCGCGGGGCUCGGGGCUCCACACACCAGCACCCUGCGGGUCCCGUGCUUAUCCGAGGGCGGGAAGGGGGACAUGUCCGCGGCGUCGGACGGAGGGAAGGCGGCAGUGGGCUUCGCACAGCUGUAUGAUGUGGAGGAACAUCUGGACUCUGCCGCCAUCCACAUCUGCCAGUGCUGCCGCACCUCGGCCUGCUACUGGGGCUGCCGCUCUGCCUGCCUGGGGAAGCUGCUGGGAGGGGGGCAGUUCGAAGGAGUGGGUAUCAGAGAGACCCACUGCCCCCCCAGGGAGCAACUGUGGAUAGACUGCCUCUGGAUCAUCCUGGCUCUGCUCGUCUUCUUCUGGGACGUGGGCACGGACCUGUGCCUCGCGGUGGACUACUACCGGAGACAGGACUACCUGUGGUUCGGCCUCACGCUCUUCUUUGUGCUCGUGCCCUCGGUGCUGGUGCAGAUCCUCAGUUUCCGCUGGUUUGUGCAGGACUACACCGGGGGUGGGCUGGGGGAGGUGGAGGGGCUCACCAAGAGGGGCGCGGUGUCUCUGGGAUGUCUGUACCCCGGGAAGGACCGUAUGCAGCUGGCGUCCAUCUGGCUGUGGCAGGCCACCAUCCACAUCCUGCAGCUGGGGCAGGUCUGGAGGUGUGGCUGUGGUCAGGGUGUGGCUGUGGUCAGGGAUCCUCUGAACAUCACUGAACAGUUCAUUUAG